AUUUGGGCUAACCAAAAAGUAUUCAUUUUUUUUCUUCUUUUCUUGGUACUUGGCUACAAAAUUAUCAUAUAUGCGAGUAACAUCGUUUUCUUCCUAGAAACAUAUAGAUGGAGAAAGAAAGUUAGUCUGUGGGUUGGCCGUCGAACUCUUGACAUAUAACAUCGAAACAAUACCAACCAAACAUAGUUCGCCACGUAACUGACGGUUACCGUCCAGUCUCUAUGGGUUGCUUGAUUUCUCCUGUAAUGAAACUCCGUCGUCUAUCUUCAACUGAUUCGCGGCGGUUUGCGUACCGGAAUCUGACAGACGAAGAUAUGGAGGAUUCGGUCGUAAGGGUGGUGGUAGGGAAAGAGAAGAAGGAGUUCAUGGUCGAACCGUACGUACUCGAAGAGGCGCCGUUUAGAAUCUUGAUUGGUUCGGUUAAGGAUCGUACCAAGACCCGGUUUAACCGGACUGGGAGUGUUGUAUGGCUUGAUCAUAUCGACUCGAUCUUGUUCGAGCACUUGUUGUGGCUUCUUCGUAACGAUGCAUCUACAUUUUCGGAUAUGGAUGUCGUCGAGAUCAUUGAGUUCUAUUCUCAAGAUUGCUAGAGAAAGAAAUUGAUCUAACGUGGAAUAAUAAAGUGUUGUUUCUUCGCAUUAACACGUGUAUUUUGUGAUGGUAAGAUCUAGUACUGAUACCAACUUACCAAAGGUCCAAAACAGCUUGUACUAUUAAUUGGUCUUUUUAAAGAAGUAAUGAAUCUACAUUACAUGACCUUAUACUAUUUUGGUUUGGUUCAGUUUUUAGAUGUAUGUUAAAUGUAAGAAAUACCUCUUGUUUACUUGGUAUUUGUUUUUCGAUAGAUACCGGGGGAGAUUAGUUUGCUGUUAAAGAGAGAUUAUAGUUUGCUGUUAAUCUUGGAUCGGAUUGCAUGGUUUGAUUUGUUUAAACGGAAAAUUUUUUGCGAGCACUAGACGGCUAUAUUAAUUGUUUGCUGUAUAACGAGAAGGUCCUUUGAAUAUUUGCUACACACGUUGAUCUUUAAAGCUGCCCCAGUAUUAGUUUGAAAUUAGAUAAACGAUGAACCAACAAAACUGUUCUCUUUUUAGUAAAAAAAAACUGUUUUAUUUGAAAUUUAAUCAUGGAGUCUUUCAUGUAGAGUUUCUUAAAAUUUUAAACUAAAAUUUAUAUUAUUUAAAUGAUAUGUAUAUCUUUAACCACAUUAAAGUUUAUAAAAUACUUUUGAGAGAUUUUGAUAUUGGUUUUAAAAAUUUUAAAAUAUCCAUUAAGCAUAUGCUUUAGUGUUACAUUUUAAGAGACUCAACAUUAAAAGUUCUAUACGUUUUGUUCCAACUAGU